AUGCCUCCAAAAUUCGAUCCAUCUGAAGUUAAAUUUUUAUACUUAAGAGCAGUAGGUGGUGAAGUUGGUGCUUCAUCAGCUUUAGCCCCAAAAAUUGGUCCAUUAGGUUUAUCACCAAAAAAAGUUGGUGAAGAUAUUGCCAAAGCUACAAAAGAUUUCAAAGGUAUUAAAGUUACUGUUCAAUUAAGAAUCCAAAACAGACAAGCCACCGCAUCAGUUGUCCCAUCUGCUUCAUCAUUAGUCAUCACAGCAUUAAAAGAACCAGUAAGAGAUAGAAAGAAAGAAAAAAAUGUUAAACAUUCAGGUAAUAUUCCAUUAGAAGAAAUUUUUGAAAUUGCAAGAAAAAUGCAAGAUAAAUCAUUUGGUAAAAAUUUAGCUUCAGUUUCAAAAGAAAUUUUAGGUACUGCUCAAUCAGUUGGAUGUAGAGUUAAUGGUAAAAACCCACAUGAUAUAAUCGAUGCUAUAAAUGCAGGAGAAAUUGAUGUACCAGCAAAUUAA